GAGAGAGAGAGCCAGGCAGCUGGACUCACAACACAACUGUGCAGUCAGUCCUGGAAUCUGGAGCGGCGGAGAGCAGCAGAGCUGACAGAGGCGACCGGCGACGUGGAAGAGCGAGCGCACUACCAUGCGUUUGAGAGGACAGUGAGCUCCGCACAGCCCGGGGGCCAGUGAGAAAAUCGACGCGACGGGACUAAGAUGCCAGAUCUGGCCACGGUGCAUUGCAGUCCUCCAGAGCAGCGAUCCUCUCCACGUUAACACUCCUCAUUCACGACACUCUGCGACCGACGCCCCUGGAUACAAUGACGCCUAACAGCGUGCUGCUCCUGCUGGCGCUCGCGUGUCCCGCGCCGGUCUCCACGGCGACGCUGGCGGCCCAGAGCGGCGAGGGCCCGACGGGAACGCCGGGAGACGAGGGCCGGGUUCUUCAGCGCUCCAAACGGGGCUGGAUGUGGAAUCACUUCUUUCUCCUGGAGGAAUACACCGGCUCUGACUACCAGUACGUCGGGAAGCUCCACUCAGACCAGGACAGAGGGGAUGGCAGUGUGAAGUACGUGCUCAAUGGAGAUGGGGCCGGCAGCUUGUUUCUGAUCGAUGAAAACUCGGGAGACAUUCACGCCACCAAGAGGCUGGACAGGGAGGAGAAGGCCUACUACACCCUGCGCGCCCAGGCCGUCAACAAAUUCACCAACCAUCCCCUGGAGCCAGAGUCCGAGUUCAUCAUCAAGAUCCACGACAUCAACGACAACGAGCCAAAGUUCUCCAAGGAGACCUACAUGGCAACUGUACCCGAAAUGUCAGAUGUUGGAACGUACGUGCUGAACGUGACCGCUUCGGAUGCGGACGACGAGACGUAUGGGAACAGCGCCAAGCUGGUGUACAGCAUCCUGGAGGGACAGCCCUACUUCUCCGUGGAGCCGGAAACAGGCACCAUCAGGACAGCCUUGCCCAACAUGGACCGGGAGAACAGGGAGAAGUACCACGUGGUGAUCCAGGCUAAGGACAUGGCGGGACAGAUGGGCGGUCUCUCGGGGACCACCACCGUCAACAUCACCCUCUCGGACGUCAACGACAGUCCCCCCCGCUUCCCCCACAGCUCCUACCACCUCUCGACGUCGGAGGCGGCGGAGAUGGGCGCCACGGUGGGGCGGGUGAAGGCCAACGACCCGGACCUGGGCGAGAACGCGGAGAUGCAGUACAACAUCGUGGACGGGGACGGGCGGGACCUGUUCGCCGUGGCGACCGACAGGGUCACGCAGGAGGGCGUCAUAACCGUGCGACAGCCACUGGACUAUGAAAGCAGAAAGGUGUACACGUUAAAGGUGGAGGCCACCAACACCCACCUGGACAGCCGCUUCAGUUACCUGGGUCCGUUCAAGGACACGGCGGCGGUGCGGAUCACGGUGCAGGACGUGGACGAGCCGCCCGUCUUCAGCGUCGCCCCGUACGUCAUCGAGGUGCACGAGGACAAAACGGCGGGGAGCUUCAUCGGCGCGGUGACGGCGCAGGACCCCGACGCCGCCAAGAACCCCAUCAAGUACUCUAUCGACCGACACACCGACCUGGACCGGCUCUUCAACAUCGACUCCAACAACGGCUCCAUCACCACCCUGCAAGCCCUCGACCGGGAGAUGUCAAAGUGGCACAACAUCUCUGUGAUCGCCACUGAAAUAAGCAACCGACGGCAGACUUCUCGUGUCCCGGUGUUCAUUAAGGUUCUGGAUGUCAAUGACAACGCACCGGAAUUCGCCAUGAUUUAUGAGACGUUCGUCUGUGAAAAAGUCAAAGUGGGACAGCUGAUACAGACCAUAAGCGCAGUUGACACUGAUGAUCCUCUCAUUGGACAUAAGUUUGCCUUCAGCCUCAGCACCCAGAAUCCCAACUUCACCAUCGCUGACAAUGAAGACAACACGGCCCGGAUCCUCACCAGACGUGCGGGAUUCAGCCGGAGGGAGCAGAGCGCCUACAUCCUGCCGGUGGUGAUCUCGGACAACGACUACCCCAUCCAGAGCAGCACCAGCACGCUGACGGUGCGCGUGUGCGCCUGCGACAGCCGCGGAAACGUCCAGUCCUGCAGCGCGGAGGCCUACGCCCUGUCCGCCGGACUCAGCACCGGGGCGCUGGUGGCCAUCUUACUCUGCGUCAUCAUCCUGCUCAUGAUCGUGGUGCUCUUCGCCGGCCUGAGGAGACAGAAGAAGAAGGAGCCUCUGAUCAUCUCCAAAGAGGACGUGCGGGACAACGUGGUGAGCUACAACGACGAGGGCGGAGGAGAGGAGGACACGCAGGCCUUCGACAUCGGCACGCUGCGCAACCCCGAGGUGAUGGACGCCAACAAGCUGCGGCGUGACAUCAUCCCCGAGAUGCUGUUCCCCUUCCGCCGGUCCUCGCCCAUCAAGGACAACGCCGACGUGCGGGACUUCAUCCACUGCCGCCUGCACGAGAACGACGCCGACCCCACGGCCCCGCCCUACGACUCGCUGGCCACCUACGCCUACGAGGGCAACGGCUCGCUGGCCGAGUCCCUCAGCUCGCUGGAGUCCGCCGCUACCGAGGGCGACCAGGACUACGAUUACCUCAGCAGCUGGGGCCCGCAGUUUAAAAAGCUGGCCGACAUGUAUAUAGGGAAAACCACAGAGUAAGACGCACUUCGCUGGAGGACUCUUCAUUUACAACUUUGCCCUCCACCCGUCCCCUCCCCCCCCGCUUAAGAAGUAUAGAUACACAGGUGGGGGAGGGCCUUCUCUUAUGACUUUAAGAUAGAGCCCAU